AAUUGAUCCCUCCUCUGUCGUUUGUGUUUACGGUUUCGUUUACUUGUGCAGCCGACAGCGGUGCGACUGUUUCGUGUUGCUCUCUUUUAGCCUUUCGAGUGAAGCUUCGGAUGAAGAUCUGAGAGAACUUAGUGAGGGUGUGUUCCGAAUUACACGUGCCCUUGCUUGUUCGUUAGCGAAACGAACGUGAAAAGAGGUAUCAUUUUUAAACUAACUAAUAAGCAGCAGCGAAACUAACUAAGCCUCCGGCGCAGCGCCCAGCAGCAGCAGCAGCAGCAGCAGCAGCAGCAGCGGCAGCAUGGCAACAGUUACCGUGGUCCCAGAAGGGGAUAGUUCGGCUGCGGAGAGCGGUGCCGCAUUCUCCGACAUCCACAGUGCGGGAUGGGACGAAUCGCAGCUGAGAAAGUACCCGUUCCAGUGCAGGCCCAUUCCAAGGCUCUCCCAGAACGACCCCCGAGCCGAGAUCCUCAUAAACAAUGAGGAGCCUGUUGUGCUCACAGAUACCAGUCUUGUGUGUCCAGCACUGAAAUGGGACCUCAGCUACCUGCAAGAGAAUAUAGGAAAUGGCGAUUUCUCCGUCUACAUAGCUCAAAACCACAAAUUCCUGUAUUAUGAUGAAAAAAAGAUGGCAAACUUUGAGAACUUUAUACCACAGUCUCAGCGAGUGGAAAUGAAAUUUUCCGAAUUUGUCAGCAGAAUGCAUCAGGCUGAACAGUCUGGUGGCCGAGAGAGGGUUUACUUGCAACAGACACUGAAUGACACAGUAGGAAGAAAAAUAGUUAUGGAUUUUCUGGGUUUCAACUGGAACUGGAUCAACAAGCAGCAAGCCAAAAGAAACUGGGGACAGCUGACGUCUAACCUUUUGCUCAUAGGCAUGGAAGGUAGGAAUGUGACUCCAGCACAUUAUGAUGAACAACAAAACUUUUUUGCACAAAUUAAAGGCUAUAAAAGAUGCAUCCUCUUUCCACCAGAUCAGUUUGACUGUCUUUAUCCAUACCCUGUCCAUCAUCCAUGUGACCGGCAGAGCCAGGUGGAUUUUGAAAAUCCAGACUGUGUAAAGUUUCCUAACUUUAAAAAUGUCUUUGGAUAUGAAGCUGUGGUGGGUCCUGGAGAUGUGCUGUACAUCCCUAUGUACUGGUGGCAUCACAUUGAGUCCUUGUUAAACGGUGGAGUAACGAUCACUGUCAAUUUCUGGUAUAAGGGAGCACCUACUCCAAAGAGGAUAGAGUAUCCAUUAAAAGCUCAUCAGAAGGUUGCUAUAAUGAGGAACAUAGAGAAGAUGUUGGGAGAAGCUUUGGGGGACCCACAUGAGGUUGGACCUCUCUUGAACAUGAUGAUCAAGGGGAGAUACGACCAGAACUUAAGUUAGUGUUGCACUGUUUUUGCUGUGCUUCUGGGCGCGUUAAUUUUUGUGUAUGCAUGUAGACUAUGGAGUGCAUGCAUAACUGACAUGACUUUUGCCAAUUCAUCACUCAGUUUUGAUUGUCUUGCAGUUGUCAUAAAUACUUCUGCCUGCUGGAAUGCAAAGAUAAGGUCAGAUUUGAUCAGUAAGCAUUCUUUUAAUUAAAAGAUAUGCUAUGGAGUAAUUAUUACAUCAGAGGAUGGGGAAACAUUGUGAAAGCACAACUUUGAAUUUCAGAAUUUUUCAUUUAAUUAUGACUUUUUGUGGAGAUUGUUACUUGACCUAAUUGCAUAAAUUUAGAAUAUUUUUCAAUUUUGAAGUUUUUAUGGCAAGCUCAUAUAAGUUGUAGUUUAACCAGAGAAUAAAUGCAGAAAAUUGCACUUCUGUCCUUGUAAAGCAGUUUGUUUCCAUACAUAGUGUUGGUAUCCGCUUGGUAAUUUAUUUUUGCAGGAAUUAAUUUUGAAAUGUCUUUGGUUAUGAAUUAUUCCAGUUUCUGAAUUUGACAUGCAUUUUGACAAACAAUUAUUUUACAGUGAUGUUUUGCAUUAAUUGAAUGACAUGGCCUGAGUUGUCAGAAAAUGAAUACACUGAACAUGAAGUUGAACAUGAAGUUUGGGCAUACUAUUGUGCUAUCUGAGAUGUGAGGUUAGUAUUCGAUUCUCUGUAAAACAACUUAAUACCUUUCAGGAAAGUUUACCUUUCUGGCUGGCUUGAUGUCUUUAAAUUUGUACAUUAAAAGUUUUGUAUUUUUUAAUUUAGAAAUGCUUUUAAUUAUUUUUGUAUUCCAUAAUUGUCUGCCCAAAACAUUGUAAUCUUGUACAGUUUCUGUCCACAACUCCAGCCAUACCUGUUAUUUAGCAUUUCUUUUUAUCUCUGUAUGAAGUGUGGAAUAAAAAUGUCAUUGUCAUGGAUUUUUAUUGAAUUGGCUUAAUAUGAAACCAUCACUGAUGAAAGACUGCAAAAAGCAAGUAAGGUGGACUAAGUGGAAAAUGUAUAACUCAUUAUUUUGUUUUCCCUCAUAACUGUAUAGCAAUGGUAAAACAAAAAUGGGCCAUUACCCUCCAGCCUGCUUUGAGUAAUAAAAAUAAAAGCUGAAGGUUACAUUUUCCAUCUGUUGUAUUCUAGGACAGUGAGUGUAUCUGGAAGGGAAAAAAAGACUUCCUGAAAUAGUAGAUCCCUUGUUAUGAAUAUCAUCACAAACCUUUUGUACAGAGCCAAAAUAAACAUUGCUAAUGUCUCUGCAUUGUAAAAAAUGGGUUGCAUGCAAACUGUUAAAGCUAUACAAUAUUUAUAUUGCUGCUAUAAAGGGAAGUUUCUUUUUUAUCCUAUAAUUGCUAUUUAAAAUACAUUUCUUAUGACACACAUUACAUUUUCUUUGUAACUGGCAAUAUUAAGACCUUGACUGAAAUGCAGUUGUAAUGAUGGUGGAGGUGGAAUUCACAAGAAUUGUGAAAGUCUACUUUUUCCACUUUAUCUGCAAGAACAAAAAAUGUGAACAGCAAAAAGAUAACCAGUAUUUUAAAUUAAUAUAAACUUAAUUCUGAGGUUGCCAUCAGAUUUAAAUAUGUACAGUCCAUAAAUUUCCUUUAAGAAUGUGUGACACAAACAGUGUCAAACAUGCAUUAAUACUGUAUGUAUAGUUUGGUAAUAAUUUGAAUGGAAAUGAUUGUGUUGCUCUUGUGGUUGAGACCUUGGUUGCUCUCAACACUAGCUUUUUAGUCCUACGGCAUCAGAUUUAUACCAGUAAUAAAAAUAGGAUGGACAGAAAUUUUGAUUCUGCUGUUUAUAUAGGAGUUUAGAAGCAUAUAUUGUGUUGCCUUAAAAUUAAGAAAUGCUCUCAAAAGGUUUAUUAAAGGAGUGAGCAGCCUGUUUAUCUGUACAACAAAAGCACUACUGUUAGCAGCUUCUCCCCUCUCUUGCAACGUCCUGGAGCAUCUAGAUGAUAUUCUCUUUUCUUUGUUGCAGCGAUGCAUAGAACUAAAUUUUUAGACUUAUUUUGUAUAUGGUACUCAGUGACGGGGUACAUUUUGUAGCUUGCUUUACCUAAAGUUUAACCUGAAGUUACUGAUUUUACUGUAUGGUGACCUUAAACUUAUUCUGCAAAAAGUUCUGAAAUAAACAUUGGAAACUAAACAUAAGAUUUGAGAAAUGCAAGUCUUUUUUUCUAACCAUGUGUUUUCACCUGUUCAUUGACCCACAUAAGAGCAACUUUAAUCACAUUACUUAAUGCAAUACCACCGAAAA